UGGAAAACUUGUAAACAGUUGAGGCGGAAGGGGAUCCCUUUUUUGUUUGUUAGUAUUUUCAGCGUUAACGCUCACUUCAAUAACAGGGCCAGGAAUUUUGUUCCUUUUUUCGGUUUGAGGUCGCAUCGCGUUAGCAAGGCGCUUUGUCAAAAAACAAGUUAGCUUCGCGCCAAUUUGCUCUUAGCACAGAUGUCGCAGGAUGCGGAUCUGAAUUUGCCCCUGGUCCGCUCCCUCCACACUCACAUUCCAAUGAGUCUCGUGUUCUGUAACCGCAGUCCCCGAGUAGUACAGCCACUUUGGAUUGAUUUCCGAGGGGAGCCACGGCCGUACAACGAUUUACAACCGAGAACGGGACGUAUAAUGAACACCUACGUCGGCCACCCAUGGAUGUUCAAAGAUGUCGAGAGUGAAGACCUUCUGAGAGUGAAUGGAAAAGAGCUCUUCCUUCCUGCUUUGGCAGAUGGUGGAAGUGCUGCAUUUGUAAAUAUUACACUGCCAAUUUACAGCCUGAAGGAGCGGGCCCUCCAGGUGAUUCGACGCCUCGUCCGGCCUGAGGACUACAGGAGUUUGGAAAUAGCGCGGUGCCUAAUUGAAGAGCUGGAAGACCCGCCCAGUUUGUUGAAAAGUUUACGGCGGCUAAACCAACGCGUGGAGCGCCAUCUGAUCGACAGAAUCCAACGCCAGGGAGAGUUAUGAGGAGCGCUCCUGGACUCUUGGACUGUAAACCCAUCAACAGGCAAGCAGAUAAGGACAGAACUUUUUCAUCAUUGGAUUGUUUGAAGAGGUGUGACAGAAACAUGCACCUUUCAUAAUGGCAAGAGAUAGUAAACUUGGCUGCUUGCCAGCGACAUUAAGAGGAAUGUGGGCUGUAGGAGAUAAAAAUGUCUUCUGUGAAGCUGCAAUUUGAUAGGCCACUCCAGUAAGGGCAACAAAUCUGCCUGACAAAUUAUAUUGUCCUGUAGUUGCUUCCCCUGUUGGAGGAACGCUGCAAAAAAAAUGAUUACACAAGACAUGUCUUUAGGGGCUCGUGAUGUGUGAACUUGCCACCAGCCGGCCAACCUACGUAUAUCAUCAAGUGUGAGACAAUGGUCUAUACUAGAGCUGCAACGAUUAAUCGAUUAACUCGAGUAUUCGAUUAGAAAAAAAUAUUCGAAUUAAAUUUUGCUGAUUCGAGUAUUCAUUUAAUUAAAGUGACGUUGUAAUGGUUUAUUUUGAAAGUGUUUGCAUUUAGUUUUAUUGAUUUGGGUGGAUAUACUGCCUUCUAUUCGGCCUCAAUUCACAUGGCGGAAUCCAGGUGCUCCCCGUUGAGACGAACAUAAGCUAAAUUUUGUUUGAGCUAAUGUAUUUUUUUAAUGCAUUCGUAGUUUGGUUUAUAGGUAUAUUUAGCCUAUUUUUGUGGGAAUAUGUGUCCGAACCAUUUGUUAAGAGCAUCGUAAAAAAGUUUUAGCAUUUUAUAGCAUUUGAACUAGCGGACUUUUGCGAUGUAAGUUAGCCAAUUGAUCUUUUGUUGUACAUAAAUCCUCAUUUAUUUAUGUUUAUACCGUUUGAGGCUCAGCUCAGUUAAUUUAAUUUUUCAUGUUCCUUAUCCGAUUACUCGAUUAUUCGAACUAAUGGUUUGUCGAUUAAUCGACUACUAAAAUAAUCGAUAGCUGCAGCCCUAGUUUAAAUGGCCUCGCUUCCGCUAUCCAAACAGCUAAACAUUGAAAAGGCUCACACUCCGGAUGUUUUCCAAAAUCCUUUAUGUGUCUCUCUUUUCUUUUUUGUGAAACUAAAACAAUAAAAAAUACAUGCAAUCAGCGUCAGUGCUGGAAGUAACAAAAGAAGCCAUCCAUACAUACAAAUACAAUUGGCCUGUAUGAAAUAGUGCUUAAUUAGUAAUAUAAAACACGUUCAGUCUCAAAUAUGCAACCUAAACACAAUAUGCUGAGUGUAACUCUCAAUUUGACCACAAAAUACUUACAGACGUUGCUCUAACAAACACAAAUGCCACAGAAGUUGUGAGAGUGAAGCUGUCAUGUAACUCACUGAAUCACGUUUGGAGAACUUCCUAUUUGCAUUCUUCUUCUACUGUUUUGGCAGAAACAAUAAUUAAACCGGCCACAAGAUGGGGCGCUUUAGCAACUGAUAAAGAUGGUACAAUAUAGGAAACAUAACACCUAGUCCAGGGGUCCCCAAACUUUUUCCUGUGAGGGCCACAUAACCCUUCUCUUCUCUGAUGAGGGGCCGGGGUCAGUUUGUAACAGAAAAAGUGUGACGAUUGCAGGAGUGCCUAAAUGUAAAAAUGUAUUGUUUUUCAGAAAGCCACAAUCAAAUAACCCUUUCUGGAUUCUUCACGGAACCAAAGUAAAUAAAAUAAAAAUGAUAUAAUAUAAUAUAGUAUAAUAUAAUAUAAUUAGGGCUGUCAAACGAUUAAAAUUUUUAAGCGAGUUAAUCACAGCUUAAAAAUUAAUCGUAAUUAAUCGCAAUUCAAACAUCUCUAAAAUAUGCCUUAUUUUUCUGUAAAUUAUUGUUGGAAUGGAAAGAUAAGACACAAGACGGAUAUAUACAUUCAACAUACUGUACAUAAGUACUGUAUUUGUUUAUUAUAACAAUAAAUCAACAAGAUGGCAUUAACAUUAAUAUUCUGUCAAAGCAAUCCCUGGAUAGAACGACUUGUAGUUCUUAAAAGAUAGAUUUUAGUACAAAUUAUAGAAAUUUUGUGUUAAAACCCCUCUUAAUGUUUUCGUUUUAAUAAAAUUGGUAAAAUUUUCAAUCAAAAAAAUUAACUAGUAGCUCACCAUUGUUGAUGUCAAGAAUUACACAAUGCUCAUGGUGCAUAAAAUCAGUCGCACCCAAGCGCCAGCAGAGGGAGACAAAAAACACAAGUAACAAGUGGACAUGACACUGCUGUCAUUUUAAUCUGUUUGAGCGGGGCAUAUGCGUUAAUUGCGUCAAAUAUGUUAACGUGAUUAAUGAAAAAAAUUAAUUACCGCCCGUUAACGCGAUAACUUUGACAGCCCUUAAUAUAAUAUAAUAUAAUACAAUACAAUAUAAUCAGGGGUGCACAUAAUUUUUUUGCCCAGGUUCUCAGAGGAGGACCUGGAGAUGUGACUUGGUCCUCAUUGAGCUUGAGAGCCGACCCACCUGAUGCGAUAAAUUUAUGACAAGCUUUACUUAGAGCCAAUUAACUUUGAUUAAUUAUAUUAACAGUUAAUGCUUGAUUAACAUCAACUGGCACAACAAAAUUGCCAUUACUUUGAAGUGAAAUGUAAAGAAAUAAACAUAAAAGCACCAAUUCAAAAUAAAGGGCAUUAUGCGGCUCCCACAUUAACUCCAAGCCUUUUUAAAAGUGGGAUGUCCUCCUCAUAAGACCUCAUUGAACGUGUAUGUUUAGCUUUGUAAAAUGCGAGCAAAAACACGUUUGUCAGUGCAUGUCGCUGUUCAUUACCUUUAUUCCGCCCUAUUCCGCCACAUGUCCAUAGGGCGAGUGGGGUCCUGUUUGACAUCGAUAGUUUGCUUAAUUGCCACAUGCUCUCUGUUUUUUUCGUGCUUUUCAAAGUUUGGAUGGCUGAAAUUCUUUGACCCUACAUAAAAUGCGUUGCUCUAAUCGGCGACAUUGGGAUUCUCACGACACAUUUUGUACCGCAUUUCCGUGCGAGCAUCAUUCACUUCUAGCCAUGGUACCUCCUGUAGCCACUUUUCAGCAAAAGUCCUUUUUUUCGGUAGCUCCGGUGACGUCUCUGUCGUCUGUCUGUCUUUUGACGGGGGUGGGGGAACACGGAAGUAAUUACUCAGUGUGGCCUGCCUCAUCGACAUUUUGAGAGGUUAUUUUCUCGUGUCCGCCGCAAAUAGUGGUCAGCCAUCGGUACGCAAAAGCGUAUGGAAGCCGUUGAGGGACAGCGCGUUUGUCUACGUCCAGUACGCAUGUGCGGACCACUUAUGUGCACCCCUGAAUAUAAUAUAAUAUAAUAUAAUAUAAUAUAAUAUAAUAUAAUAUAAUAUAAUAUAAUAUAAUAUAAUAUAAUAUAAUAUAAUAUAAUAUAAUAUAAUAUAAUAUAAUAAUACUGUAUUAAUUAAAUAGAUAAUAACCAAAUAACCAUUGCUCAGUUCUUCACAGAAAAAAGC